AAGCCAAUCAGGUCUGUUACGUUGGUAUUUACAUAGCAUCAAAUUUUAGAAAGAAUUUUUAUUUUUAUUGAAAACGUAAAUUUCCCUUUCUUCCAUGCAUUUUUUCUUUUGCAGUUUCUGAAAUGUUUCUCUCAAUGUUCAUUAUGGCAAAAUUAAUUUUGAGUUUCGUGUGGAACUGAGUCAAAAUUAAUUUGAGUUUUAGAUCUGCAACCAUAGCUUAGAGAAUGAUGGUUUUAAUAUGAAAUAUUUCAUUUUUUAAUUCUUUCAUGAGUUCUCUCCUUUUUAUCAAUCAACGAGAAAAAAUUGUUCUUUUUAAAUCCCUCUCUGCAAGCUUUCAUCUUUUGGCUCUCUUGGUGGUUAUAGGUGAAGGGUCUUUACCACCUGAGCGACUCUCUUGUCGAAAAAUAUUUUGCUCGAUGACUUCUUUGUAGAAAAUACCGCCUAGAAGCAGAUGAUCUUGUGUGUAGCUAUGUUCACAUAAGAUUGUUUUGUGUGCCUCUUUUCUUGCAUACAUGAGUCAAUCAUUUAUGUAUCUUGAAGGCAAAAAAAAAAAAGGGAAUUGGAAAAACACUUGUACUACUUUUUAUUAUAUUUGGAGCUAGCUUCUCUCAAGAAAAAAACAAUUCCUACACUAAUUUGGUUGAUAUUUCGUACAAAAAUAUGGAAGAAAGUGAUGAUAUGGGACGAGGAAAGAUAGAGAUAAAGAGGAUAGAGAACAACACAAAUAGGCAGGUGACAUUUUGCAAGAGGAGAAAUGGACUGUUGAAGAAGGCUUAUGAACUUUCUGUUCUGUGUGAAGCUGAAAUUGCUCUUAUUGUUUUCUCCACUCGUGGACGUGUCUACGAGUACUCUAACAACAACAUUAAGGCAACUAUUGAGCGGUACAAGAAGGCAACUGCAGAACACUCUAAUGCUUGCACCACUCAAGAGCUCAAUGCUCAGUUUUACCAACAAGAAUCAAAAAAGCUGCGCCAACAGAUACAGAUGAUGCAGAAUUCAAACAGGCAUCUGGUUGGUGAAGGCUUAGGCUCUUUGAAUGUAAGGGAGCUAAAGCAGUUGGAGAAUCGACUUGAAAGAGGCCUCAGUAGAAUCAGGUCAAAAAAGCAUGAGAUGAUACUAGCUGAAACUGAGAAUUUGCAGAAGAGGGAAAUUCAACUGGAGCAGGAGAAUACAUUUCUAAGAUCAAAGAUAGCAGAAAAUGAGAGGCUUCAGGAACUAAGCAUGAUGCCAGCAGGAGGGGGGCAAGAGUACAGUGCAAUACAACAUUAUUUAGCAGGAAACAUGCUUCAACUUAACAUGAUGGAAGGCCAAGCUGGUGUCUCUACUUCCUAUGAUCCAUUGUCUCCUCAUCAUCACGACAAGAAGUCCCUUCACCUUCACUAGGGCAAAUCGAAUAAAGCACUCGGAGGAGAGAACAUUUGUGCUUGGAAGGUCCAAAAUUAUCUCUAAUCAAUGCUUAUGCUUACGUUAGUACCUCAUCAAAUUUGGUGUAUUAUGACUUUUUACUAUGUGAAACCCGUAAGACUUUAAUUAAUAAUCAGCUCUUUUGCAA